AUGACUAUCUUAUUACCAGUUAUAAGUCGCUCGGUGGAUGAUAUUAUUUUGGAUUAUCUAUCUAAGAUCCAACAUGGAGAUCUAACAUCUACCCUUGACGGUGACUGGAACCAAAACAAUAAGAACCCAAUAGACGAGAAUAAUAACAACCAAGUCGAUGAUUUGGGUGAACUGGUCGAUGACGAUGUCGACAUUCAGGACUGGGCACAAGUCGAAGGUCCUAAAGUCGAGGAAAGCAAGGAUGUUGCUGAAGACCUAGUUUGGGCUGAGGAUCCAUGGACACAGACACCCCUCACCAACAGCCCUGACUGGAUGAAACUACCUGGAAUAGACUUCGACACACAGGAAGAGGAAACUUUGGAAACCAACAAUGAGAAGUUCUCCGAAGUCCUAGAAAACGACGAGGAUUUUUUAGCUCCCUGUGUGGAGAUAAAAGAUUGGUCGAAGGAACCAUUUGAGCAGCUGCCCCUUGAUGUACCCAGAUGGGCCUUACUACCAGGGGUUGACUAUCCUGUAAGGAACGGGAACAGUCUCUACUGGGAGAUGAAUUUAAAGAAACACAUGAGAGUAAGAAGGAAGUUUGGUAAAAAAGUUUACUCCAGGAACUUGCCCACUCUACUCGAAGAGAAACUGGUGUAUAACAAUGAUGCCAAGCCGAUGUUAUUCGUUCCUACAAGAUAUGGCAGAAUUUUCUACACAUUUCAAGAUUAUUAA